AUGCUGAGCCCGACGCGCACCCCGGACCGGGCGCGCCGUGGCGGCCUGCACCUGGCGAUGAUCGACGCGUCCAUGGAUGCGCUGCUCUGCAGCCCCACCGGCUCCAUGGGCGGCGCGGCCGGCUUCCUGGGCAGCCCGCUGCCCCAGAUCCCGCUGUUCCAGCCGUCCCCGCGCCGUGCGGGCCUCGGGCCUGAGACCGGCCUCGGGCCAGGCUUCGCCGCCGCCGCCGACUCCCCGGCGCGGCCCGCGCCCUCUAUGAGCGGCCUCUCCAGCCUGUUCGCAUCCCCGCUCCCCCCGGGCGCCGCCGGCGGCGGCCGCGCCGCCGCCGCAGCGUACGAGGCGGCGGCGCUGCAGUUUGCGGCGGAGCUCCUUGCCACCCCAUGCAGCAAGCGCGCCGACACUGGCGGCCCCGCCCCCGGCUCCCUGCUAGGCGCCCCCGCGCCCUACCCAGGCAGCCUGCAAGACCCAGACUUGCUAGAAUCGUUCAUGGCGUCCCCGCCCACACGGCGCGCCCCCGGCGUCCGCGCGGCCGCCGGCGUCCCCGGCGGCGGUAGGGGCCCCCAGGGGGCCGCCUCGCUCGACGCGUUACUAGACCUGGUCGGCGCGCCCCCCGGCGUCGCGGCCGCCGCCGCCGCCGCCGUCGCGGGCACAGGCGCCGGCUCCGGCGUCGGUGUCAGCUGCAGAGGCGUCGGCGCGGCGGGGCCGAUGUCGCCCGCGCCGUGCGCGGUGCUGAGCGCGGGGGAGCUGGAUUUGCUGGCCCUUCUGCAGACCCCUGGGUCCGAGCAGCAGCAGCAGCAGCAGGCGCAGCAGCAGCAGCAGCAGGAGCAGCAGCAGCAGCCCCCCGUGGGGGUGAGCGCCGCCACGCUGCAGCGCCUGGUGGCCAGCGGCCUGGAGGUGUCCUCCUACUCCCCGCGCGCCCGCGACGCGGCCGGGGCUGAGCCGUCCCCGUUUAGCCCGGUGCCCCCGGCGCCCGCGCCCGCCGCCAGCCGGCCCUCGAGCGUCGAGGCCGCCGCGUCAGAGCGCGGCGGCGGCGGCGGGGGCGGCGGCUCGGCCGCGGCCGACGCUCAGGAGACUCCGGCGUCUCGGGAUGUGGAGGCGCGCGCGCUUGCCGCAACCCUCCCCUUCUUCGCGCCAGCCCCCGCCACGCCGGCGGCCCCAAUGCCCGCCAUGGCGCCCGAGGCGCGCUCCUGCUCAUGCAAGAAGACGCGCUGCCUGAAGCUCUACUGCGACUGCUUCGCGGCCGGCGCGAUGUGCAGCGGCUGCGCCUGCCUGGACUGCCGCAACAACGAGGCCUGGGAGGCGCAGGUGCAGGACGCGCGCGCGCGCAUCAUGGCGCGCGAUGCCAACGCCUUUGCGCCCAAGGUCAACAGUGAUGCGGGCGGGCCGUCGCACCGGCGGGGGUGCGCGUGCAAGAAGAGCAAGUGCCUCAGGAUGUACUGCGAAUGCUUCCAGCACGGGGUCCCCUGCGGCGGCAGCUGCAAGUGCGUGUCGUGCCAAAACGGCACCGACGCGGCGGCAGAGGCGGCCCGCGCCAACCACGCCGGCCGGCGGCGCGGCGGGGCGCGGCCCGAGGCGAGCGGCAGCCUGGGGACUCCGGUGGACGAGCAAGGCGGCCCGCACCUCCUGUCCCCGCCGGCCGCGCCGCCGCCCGGCGCGCGCCCCCUCCCGCUCGGCGUGGCGGCGCUCCACCUGGUGUCGGGCGGCGGCGGCAGCAGCUGCGGGCGCUCGGGGUCGCCGGCACCAAGCGAGUCGGGCGCGACGGGCGCGACCACUGCAUACGGAGGGUGCGGCGGCGGCGCCGGCGGCGGCUCGCCUGCGUCUGUGGUGAAGCUGCCCCCGCCCGGCGGCGGCGGCGGCGCCAGUGCCAGCGCCGUCGCCGGCGGCGCCCCGCGCCAGGGCGCCGCCCGCACGCUCGGCCUGCGCACGCCGCUGCCGCUCGGUGCGCUUGAGGCGGCGCCUGGGCCCGACGGCGCGCGGCCGCAGGAGGGGCGGGGGCAGGAAGACCAGGCAUUCAUGAACUACUUUGACCCGGCAGCAGCGGCCCACCAAGACGAUACACACAACUCCCAGCAGCAGCAGCAGCAGCAGCAGCAGCAGCAAGAGGAGCCGGAGCAGGAGGGAGGGCAGGGGCUGGCCGCGUCGCAGCAGCCGGACGCGCAGGAGCCCGCUGCUGGUACCCUGGGGUCGCUGCUGCGCCACUCACUGCCGGUGACCUCAUGCCACCGCCCCCGCCGGUGCCGCGGCCGCCGCCUGCCGCGCGGCCUUCCGCGGCGGGUGCCAUGGUGCGGCUAG